AUGUCGCUCCUUUUGAACGAAGACUUCGCCACCUACACCCUUCGUCACUCCUACUUGACACACAUUCACGAUGGUGUCGGCGAACGCUUGAUCAACCUCAAUCCCGCCGUCUUCAACAACCCCGCCUUCCGUGCCGCGGGCUGGACCCCCGAUCCCGCCGCGAUCAAACGAUGUUACAGUCCGCCCAUCCCCACUACUUCUGCUGCAACGAGUGGGCUUGCAGAGCAAUACUUUCGAGCCCCGCGUAGCCGACUCAAUCUCCGAGAUACUGGCGGCGACGGCGAAGAUGCGGACGGUGAUGUCGGCGGUGGACUGAUUACAGGCGACCGGGGAAGCGAGGAUACGGUGGGGGCGGUGGAUUUGAGAGUCAAUGAGAGAAAGCGACGACGUUCAAGAAAAGAGCAGCUGGAGGAAGAGGACAGCAGUGACCUGAGCGACGAAGACUCGGAUUCCGAAAAGGAGCGCACCGCUGCGCAAAGCAUCAAAUUCGCAAAGGCGCCUGUGAGGAGGACUGCUACGAAAAGUCCAUCCCAUUCGUAUGGCAAUGAUCCGAUGCUGGGAGGGGAGGAGGACGAGGGAGACGAUAACCAAGGCCCGGAGGUCAUGGUGACCAGCCCGAGCAAACCUCUGGACAAUUCUCGCCUCUCCUUUCGCCCUCGGGGAAGUAGUCUAUCUGCUCGAGUGGACUUUGUAAAGCAGCGCGCGAGGGCCGAUACCGUCACCUCAUCAGAAAUGAGCUCGGAGAAUGAAGUAGAUCCCGCUCGUGGCGCUUUCAACCGCAAACUACCAGGCCGUCCGGAUCAGAAACCGAAAAAGACCGUCAUGCUCGCAGAACGGAUCCAGGAAGAGGAUCAUAAAGACCUCGAGCGAACCGCCUCCGCCGACGCAAUAGGUGACAGCGACCUGGAAGACGAGUACCUCGACGAAGCAUCCGACCUCAGUGACGAAUUCGAAGCCGUCGCUGAGGCGACCUCCCCAGGAGAAGGCCUAUUGAGCGCGGGAGCCCCAGUAGGCCAGGCGAGCGAUGUCACAUCACCUGAAUUCGCUGUUGUGGCUGAUAUGCCGCCCGCCAUCGGCCCUCACCAAAAUCAAGGAAACAGUCCACGCAAAAAGGGUACAAGUAAGGAGGAGACAUUACCCAGACUGGCAAAGCUACCACCCGGAGCGACGUUGCGUAGAGCCCCGGCCGCCUCUCUUAUCUCAAUGGCUCUCAAGGGCGGCAGUGAAGGGCCAGGAACGUCAGAAGAGAAGCCAUUCCAGCGUUUCGCGGAUCUUUCUGGCAAAGGAGAGGCGAGCCCGCUGUGGAUCAAGAUCUAUGCACCAUUCUCCAAAAGUCCUUCACGCGCCAUCGAAGUUCCCACGAAGAAGACUCGAGAUGGCAAUGCCAUCACGAUAGCAGAGCUAAUCGGACUGGCGUUGUGGCGGUACAAUGAGGAAGUCUACGACCCGCCGUUGACAGCCGACCCCAAAGACAGCAAUAUCAACCGUUGGGAUCUGCGAAUUGUCGAAGACGAAGAAGUCGACUUUGACUUCCCGGCUUUGGUCCGCACGCGACCCGUCACCGAUUUUACCAGUAACAACAAUCGUCCUCCGCAGCGACGAGCCAGGGACAGGCCAUGGGAUGAGUUUGGCCUUGUGCGAGCAACAGAGGAGCAGUUUAAGGCCAAUGAAGAGGUGACUCCGCAGAUCGGCGCCCCGAGCAUACCACUGCCCCAGGCUGUGAGCAAUCUGUCCAAAACGGCACCAAGACCUUCACCGGCGGUACGGACGAACACCGAUACAUCCGUGCGAUCGGCCGUCACCCCUUCCUUCAGCGUCCCACACAAUCCAAUUACUGGCCCGACUUUCGCCCCUUCGGCGCUCAGGAGAGACACGGGAAAUGUAGCACUCGAUGCUCCUCAACGCGAAAUCGUGCAAUCGACCCCAAGGACGGGAGCGGCGAAGACUGUGACCGUCCACUUCACGGAUCCUCAAUCCUUCACGUCGACCAAAGUGACCAUUCCAACCACCGCCGACACCUACAUUGCCGAGAUCUUCGACCACGCUUGUCAAAAGCUAGGUCAGGAAAAGGGCUUGUACGUCCUCAAGGUCCACGGAACACAGACCAUCGCGCCACUGGACAGGACUGUGGAAGCGCUGGGCGAUCGCCUCCACAUCGACCUCGUGCGUCGCCGCUUCAUCGGCGCGGGCGAUGGCCCCUUCGGACUCGGCCUCAGCGGCAGUCCCGGCUCCAGCUCACCGAACCAGCCCUUGGAACUAGUUGCGCCAGGUACACCCGGUGGAUCAGGCGGCAAGAAGCCACGGAAAGGCUUCACCGUUACCUCCCACCCAACACUAGCCUCGUCGAACCUCAACCUCGUCGGGCUCGGCCUCGCCCUCCCGCCAGAACUCGGCGGCAUCGGCGGGAAGAAGUACAACGUGCUACGCAAGCAACCGCUCUCCUUCGCCCCAUCGCACCCUCGCACCCUAAUCAUCACGCCGGAGUACAUGCAAAUCUUGCCCGCGGCGCCAGACAGCCUGGUCGCGCCGACGGGCAAAGUGACGAAUGUGCCGAUGAGCUCGGUGGUGGGCGUCAAGGUGAGCCGGAAGCACCCCAAGAUGGUGCGGGUACUGGUGUAUCGCGAGAAGGAGACGAAGCGGUAUGAUUUCGAGGCUGGGAGUAGGGAUGAGGCGAAUGCGAUUGUUACGGACGUGAGGCGCGCGGUGGAA